AUGGAGAACGGUUACCGAGAUCCCACGGCGGACGAACUGGUCCAGCGCUUCCGUCUCACGUCCACCUCGUCGCUCACGUCACCGAAACUCUCCAAACCCCCGCUGACUGUGAGUUGUUGAAACCGCUUUGUAACACGUUUUUUAUGCAUGAUUUGAAAUAAUUUGAGCGAUGAAAUGCUGCACUGUGCGGUUCAAAGACUGGGAUGAAUUGGGUUCACAGUGAAAAAUGUAGAGUCAAGAGACUGCGCUGGGCAAAAAUUAACUUUUUUUGUUGCUUUUACAAAAGAGUGAUUUUAAAUCUGCACGGUGCAAUUAAAAUUUUGUACUGUUUUGCACGGUGCGUGCCGUAGAUUCGUGAACGUUUUUUUUUGCAAUAUCCAAAACUAGUGGAACCCAAAGAGUCUGCAAAUACUGUCUUAUGUGUAGAAUUAUGUAUAAAAUUAUGUAUAUUUUUAUGUAUCAAAAAUACACUGUAAGGGGCAAUGAACUAUGAAGUUUGUAGGCUGCACAGUGUAAAUACUAUAAUAAUCACUUCGCUCUCUGCGCGGUGCAAGGGAAGAUUUUUAUAAAUUUUGAUGCUAUCAUACCGCAAAGGUAUCAUUUUAAUUUAUAGUUCGAGUUUUACUAAACACAGAGCAGUGCAGGGAGUAUUCAUUUGAAUUUUCAACUCGAGAAAAACCAUAAGUCGUGACACUUCUACUUUUCGAAGUGUCCCGACUUUUGGCCACCCUGAAAAGACUACCGAUAGACAAGAUCUUCUAGGCCGCCUUUCACCCAUGUCCAAUAUAUCUUCGUCCUUCUUGCUUUAUCUUUAUUUUUCAGGUCUUCAAACGCGGCAGUAGUGUGAUCCGAUCGGUUGAUGUUCAAUCCGUCGCCGCUUAUUCUCUCAGCCGAAACUGUGUAUCUUCGUUGCACCAAAAUUUCCGCUCUUCUUUGCUCUAUGGGAAGAACAAUGUUACAGUGACCACCUCGGAUGGUAGCGAGGCCCUCAAAGGGUACCUUAGUUUGCAUCAAGAGCACAAAAGAGCGAUUACUUUGAAAUGGGUGCCAAAUCAGUUGAUGCAUUCGAGGUAACAGACUUGCUCAGUAGUUUUUCUGACUUAAUUUGUUCGUAUUUUAGUUCCCAAAGCAGUUCCGACUCCCCUUCGGACAAUGGGGACAACUCGAGAUUGUGGAAACAUACGAUCAUGAUCAAUGUAAAUGACAUCAUUUACAUUCAUUUGCAUUCGCAAGGAGCUCAACAACCAAUCUCGCUGGUUUUUGUGGACGCUGAGGGUGUUCAACAUCGCCCUUUCCAGUUCCCACCUGGCCAACACUGCGUCCAAUUCCUUGCCUGUUUAGAGAGCGCCUUAUCGCCCAAUUCCAGGCUAGAUCCGCCGCUGUGGUUUGAACCGGGAAAGGGUGAGUCGAGAGCAGUGUUUUCCCUCCUUGUUGGUUGUGAUAAAGUAGUUGUUCAAUGGCUUCAAAUAACCAUUAAUUUGCAUAUCCCAUCCGUUUCAGGCAAAGCAUUGCCGCAAGUCAAACGGAAAUCCAGUUUUUUCCGCCGAGCCAGUGAAACCUCAACAGAUGAGAAUCAAGAAAGCCAUGACUAUGUUUUCCGAAUCCGCAGGGUCAGCUCAGAGCGUGAGAAUUCGAAUUCCUCAACGCCCGCGGCUGUUCCAUUGAAAAAUAAUGUUCUGAACGAGUUUGUGCAUCAAAAUGGAUUCAGAUCCCACAGGUAGGGCAAGAUAAGAAUAAAAAAGUUGUCCAAUACUACGUUUUUCCUCUAAGAUUAUUUUACAGUAAUUCGUUGCCAAAUUCGCCAGCUCUCACCAAGAAAAGGGCGUCCUCGGCAUCUGUCAGAUCCAGAGAAAUGAAGCCGCCGCAGCUUUCAAGGGCCAAAGAAAUGUCCGAAGGACAGCAUAGCUCCAUUGAGAAGUAAGUCGGGAUAGUAAUCUGUACUAACAGAUACGAAACUAGCAAUAAAAAAACAAAAAUGAAAGGAAUUGACAAAUUGCACGGUGCAAGGAGAAAUGAAAGUGCACUGUGCAAAAAAUCAAAGGUCCUGCACGGUGCGGGAGUUACAAAAAAAAAUCGCAGAUUACGACGAGGCUCAAAAUAGUUGUUAUUCAAGUUGCUCAGCAUUGUCGGACAUUGCAAAAAUCAUUUUUUUACAACGUGAUUACUAUUUUUACUACUUACUACACGGUGCAAAAAUCAUUAUUUCGCACCGUGCGGGCAAUUUUUUCCCCCUCUGCACUGUUCAAGAUUUUGAAUUUUUUGCGUUUUGAAUGACAUAAAAUUUCUCAUCGAAAUAUAAUACUAUGGCAUUAUCCAUCACAACACACAUGACACACACUUUUAUAGCCUAAAAGUCUCAUUAUUUUUUCAGAGUCAGCCUUAUGGAUGCAUGUGAAACAGUCCGUCGGCAGAUUCUGUCCCGCGCCUUCUACGGCUGGCUAUCUUAUUGCAGACAUAUGAAGACUGUACGAACUCACUUAGCCUGCACCAUCAAUAAUAUAAGGCUGGAUGAGGCCUUAUACGCCGGCAAAAUUGUCGAUAGCGAGUUUUGGGAGCGGUGUAGAGCCGAGCAAAGUGUAAGUCCAAUCUUUGAGGCUCUUAUUUUAUAAUACUUUUUUACUUUUUUAUUUCGUUUGAAAUUACUUUCAGAUCGAAUUACAAAAAGAAUUUUGGAUCCGAGCGUAUCUAAAUGGAAUCCAGCCGGAAUUACGGGCACACGCGUGGCCAUAUCUUUUGAAUUUAAUAGGAUGGAACGAAAAUACGGACCGUUUUCGGGAUGAAUGGAGGAAAAGAUACGAGAAAAAAGUGGAUAAAUGGAAAGAGAUCGAGAAAGAAGUUAUCAAACGGGACUGUGAGCAGUUUGAAAAUGGUAAGACAGACCAUAGAAAACCGCUUGUGAGAAAAAUAAAGCUACUUUCAACAGUAAAAUUUAAAAUUUUUGGUUUUUGUUUACAUCUUUUUAUAAAGUAUAGACCUAUGUAUAAUGAUGACAACUGUGUGCUUUUAUCCAAAAAAGGCCAGACCCUAUUCAAGAUAAAUUACUGUAAUUUGUUUACUUUCAGCUCGAAUGAGGCAGAGUUCCGAAGUGGAUCUCCAUGAAAACUCGAACUGGAGCAAAGGGAAAUCAAUGAGUACAGAGGUGUUCAUGGACUCAAAUGCAAAGCCAAAGAUAGACGUAAGUGUAAUCAUGAAUUCAUCGGAUUAUUUUCUAAGUGACUGAUGAGUAAAAAUCGACAUUUUUUCCUAUGAAAUGGCGCAAUUUUUGGGUUCGACCACGAUUUCCCAGUAGAGUAAUCAGACUUAAUCAGUACCUGCCCCAGCGCUACAUUACUGUUUCAGAAUUUGGUCGAAGAAUUCGGCACCAAUCUUCAUCGGAUCGAGAAAGAUGUGGAGCGUUGUGAUCGACACACCCAAUUCUUUUCAAACAAGAGCAACCUCGAGAAACUGAAGAACAUCAUGUGUUCGUAUGUUUGGGAACAUCUAGACGACGGCUACGUUCAAGGAAUGUGCGAUAUAGCCGCUCCGUUACUAGUCAUCUUUCAGGAAGGUAGGUAAAAUACGGUCUCACGUGCAAUUUUUUCUGGAAAUCGACGGAUUUCGCUGUUGAUGGCCACACGGCUGGCAGACGUGUUGGCGGUGCGUUUUCUUUCUCUUAAUGGAUGCUUAAAAUUGUUAACAAGCUCCUUGCAUUGUGUGAUUACUUUGGACACAACGUCGUUUCUAUACGGGGCAAAUUAGCAAUUCGAACAGCUUAAAAAACAGGUCCAAAAUCGAGGUCCCUUUGUUUGACAUUUAAAAAAAGAAUGUUAAUAAACCGAUAAGGACAUGAAAUUAUAAGGUCUAGGAGAGAAGACUACGUAGAAUUUAAUGGUAUGAAAAUAAUUUUGAUGCACUCAAAAGUUUUCGCGUCGGGACCCAAUGAAAAAAGUUUCCAUUUUUUUGCCGCACCCUAUACAUGUAAAUAUGUAUCUUGACGCGAAAAAAUUUAACGUUUUGGGGAAAAAAGAUGGAUUUUUGAAGGCAUAAAUCGUAUUCUACCUCUAUUUUGCAGAAUCCCUGACCCUCGAAUGCUUUGAGGUCCUCAUGGAGAAGAUGAAAGUCAAUUUCCCGCAUUCCCAAGGGAAUGCGAUCGAAUCUAACCUUGUCAAUCUUCGGACCAUAGUUCAGGUGAUGGACACCGAAUUAUAUCAACAAUUCAUGAACGACACCGACUACACACAUCUCUAUUUUGCAUAUCGAUGGUUUCUACUUGACUUUAAGCGGGGUAGGAGGAGGUUUAACCCCAAAUCUUUGAGCUGUACUAAAUUUUACGGCUACUUUAUAUUAUCCAAGAUGACUAAUGUAUAAUUUUGGCCUUUAAAAUUCUUUUCUGGAAACACAGUGUCCUCCAAAAGCAGUUAUACUAAUUUAUUUGGCCUGAGUAGUGUAUACAGCUCAUUCACGCCUUUCCUACGACACUUUACCUCUUUCGGCAUGAUGUAAAAUAAGAAAAAAAGCACUCUAUUGUUUCCAGAAUUUCAAUGGAACCUACUUUCAGAAAUGAAAUACGAUGACGUGUUCAAGGUUUGGGAGGUCAUUUGGGCCGCAGAGCAUACUGUAUCAUCGCAUUUUCAACUAUUUUUUGCCUUGGCCAUGCUGACCAAUUACCGACAAAUCUUGUUGGAAAAUAACAUGGAAUUCACGGACGUGAUCAAGUUUUUCAAUGGUAUGGCACUUUACCCUGACUUUUUGUUACUUAUUUUGCCGCUAAAGUUUCCCCAAAGAAUUACUGUUUGUAAAAUUUUGACCGAAAUCCGAUCGUGUGUUAUAUAAAGUAUAAUAUCACCUUUGUUUCUUCAGAAAUGGCCGAGAAACACAACGUGACGGAGCUUUUGAAAAGUGCCAGAGAGAAAGUAACAUUCCUGCAAGAUCUCGUGAGCAAUUCCACCUUUGAAGAAGCGUUGGAUCGAUGA